CCAGUUCUAGGAAGACAUUUUGCUUUGUUAACCUGCAUCAGGACUUCAUUCACGUUUCAGUUCUUUAUAUUUAGUGACUCUGGAGACAGCACAGUUGGACAUAAAGAAGAGAAGACAAAGAAGAGAGGAUAAUUUAACACACGGGGAAGGCGACUGUAAGGGAGAGAUGGCUGAGGCACCGCAGCAGCAGCAGCAACAGCAGGAGGAAGGAGGAGAGAAGGAGAAGGAAGAGGAGCAGCAGCAGUCGAGCCCCGUGGAGAAGACCGAACCUGACGAAGGGGCUGAGGAACCGAAGGAGAUCGCCCAGACGACCCCGUCUCGACCUCUGCUCUCCAUGAGGUCCAUGAGCAGCGUGGACCCGGAUGAUGACACGCCCAACAUGAUUGUUUACAGAAAGAUUGAAGACAUUAUCACUCGCAUCCAGGACGAGACGGACGGUGUACCCAUCAGAACUGUCAAAAGUUUCAUGACGAAAAUCCCCAGUGUCGUUACGGGUGCAGAUAUUGUACAGUGGCUGAUGAAGAAUCUGUCCAUUGAGGAUCCAGCUGAGGCGAUGCACAUUGGGAGUUUAAUUGCAGCUCAGGGGUACUUUUUCCCAAUCUCAGACCAUGUCCUUACCCUGAAAGACGAUGGCACUUUCUACCGCUUUCAGGCGCCAUAUUUCUGGCCGUCCAACUGCUGGGAGCCCGAGAACACAGACUAUGCUAUUUACCUGUGCAAGCGGACCAUGCAGAACAAGACGAGGCUGGAGCUGGCAGAUUAUGAGGCUGAGAACCUGGCCAGGCUGCAGAGAGCUUUUGCCAGGAAGUGGGAGUUUAUCUACAUGCAGGCUGAGGCCCAGGUCAAGAUUGACAGGAAAAAGGAUAAAAUUGAAAGGAAGAUCCUGGACAGCCAAGAGAGAGCUUUCUGGGAUGUCCACAGACCUGUGCCUGGAUGUGUUAACACCACAGAGAUGGACAUCCGGAAAUGUAGACGCAUGAAGAAUCCUCAUAGAGUUAAGAAGUCGGUGUAUGGUGUGAUAGAGGAGGGAACACAGUCUCAGAGUCCCAUACACACUCCUUCACACCACUGCAGGAAAGGCACCAAGGAGGAUGUAGAAAAGGAGAUCGUAUUCCUGAAUACCCAGCUAGAUCGUCACUGCAUGAAGAUGUCCAAAGUUGCUGAAAGUCUGAUAGCCUACACUGAGCAGUACUUGGAGUAUGACCCAUUUGUGACAUCACCUGAACCAUCCAACCCCUGGACCAGCGAUGACCCCACUUUCUGGGAUUUGGAGGCUAGUAAGGAGCCCAGUCAGCAGAGGGUGAAGAAGUGGGGCUUCUCUCUGGAGGACGCCUUGAAAGAUCCAGCAGGGCAGGAGCUUUUCCUCAAGUUUCUAGAAUCAGAGUUUAGCUCAGAGAAUCUCAGGUUCUGGCUGGCUGUACAGGAGUUAAAGAGGAUACCUCAGCACGAAGUCGCACAGAGGGCACAGGACAUCUGGGCAGAGUUCCUGGCAGAGGGAGCGCCCAGCUCCAUCAACCUGGACUCCCACAGCUACGAACGCACCAGCCAAAACCUGAAGGACCCUGGACGAUACAGCUACGAAGACGCACAGGACCACAUCUACAAGCUGAUGAAAAGUGACAGCUAUUCACGUUUCCUACGCUCCAACCUGUACCAGGACCUUCUGAUGGCGAGGAAGAAACCUGAAACGGAGCAGGGCCGACGCACCUCCCUGGAGAAGUUCACUCGCAGUGUGGGCAAGUCAUUGACGGGCAAACGACUGACGGGCCUCAUGCAGUCAUCCUGACAAGGCCUGGAUGAAGAAUAGGUGGAACCAUACCCGGAAGAGCUGCUUACCUAUGGGAAGCAGGUGGAAAAGGACCCUGGGGUGUGCUUGUGUAGCUGUGGGAGGUGGAUAAGGGCGCCAAACAAGCUUACACCACUGGAUUGGACUACUACCACAUGUGAAACUCACCUCAGAUCAGUUCAAGCGGACCGACAGCAUGCAAUAAGUCACCAGACCUGACACCAGUGCUGUCACAGUGUAGAUGAUAAACAAUGCUACUUCUCUUAGGAAGUUUCUACAAAAAUCAGCUGUACUAAGGAAAGCCGGGCUCAGUUGUUUCUCUCUAUCUACUCAUGUUAAUAUAGUAGCUGAAGAGGCUAUUGCUUUUACUUUCAGUGAUAUAAACACGGAAUGCUUGAAUGCCUUGACAGAUGUCAAACGAGACUUAGAUUAAAUGCUGUAGCUAGCUGUUUUAUCUCAUCAUUCACUAGGAUGAUAUAAGGGAAUGAAACGUGGAAAGCGGUUUACAGACGAUUGACUGCCAGGUGGUGUAGUACACUCACCUUCUGAUUGACUAAAGCUUUUAGAUCAACUUACUAUUGUAUGAUACAAGAUAUGCCUCUGUAUGUCCAAUGCCUGUUUACUUGGUUACCGUGUGCGCUCACAUUUAAAUCAGCACACUUGCUGCUUUUGUCUGUCUCCCUGCACUUAUAGCUGUGUAAUGUAGUACUGUAGUUGGUACAAUAGUAUGUGUUAGUAUGUGCAACAGUAGCUACUAAUACUGAAGUUAGUACAAGCACAAGCUGAAAUGUCUGCUUUUAAAUCCAAGUAAAGGGCACCAAACACGAAGGCCACACGUAUCCUGGAAAGCAUCCCAAAAUCAGUGUUGACCUGAUCAUUUGGACAUAUUCUUAAUAUACAAAUCAAUAAUUACUUUACCCUAAACAUAUAUUGUGGACACCCAGAGGUCAACAUCUUGUCAUAAAAAGGUAAGUUGAUAGGUUUACAAACAGUUGUAUUGCUUUAAACGGGUGGGUGGAUAAAGGUUAGGCUUUACUCUAUCUUCUAAACAUUCCACUGCAGGCAGCCACAGUAAUGUUUAUUUGGCUGACUUCUUACCAUUCUUCACCUUAUGUAAAGAUGACAAUAAAAGAGGAAUGCACAAUAAAGAUGGGGUUUUGGA